CCUUUAGUUUGAUUUGUCCUUCUUCCUUCUAGCAUUGUGAAACGGCCCAGUUCCCUGGCCCUUGGUAGCACGAGUACAGACUAAGGUACAGAACAGAGCGAGGGGCACGAAAGAAGUAAUUGUUGUUGUUCCAGUGGGGAAGGUAGGUUUUUAGUCGGGCCUCCUCCUCCUCCUCCUCCUCCUCCUCCACCUCCUCCUCCUUCACUUUGUUCUCGCCAGAUCACUUGCCAAUGGAGGGGUGAUCAUCGAGGCCAAAACCAGAACCCGAGGUCUUGACGUUGGUUACCUACAUUUAAUUGGUUCCAACGUCUGAUCUGAAUGUAUUGGGGUGACUGAAGCUCUUUGAUUAAUAUCCGCUUGGAAUCACCAUGACGAAGGCCAAUGGCAAUGGACCGUUUAAUGGUCAUGAUCGGGGAAAAUUGUCGCCAUUGCCCCAAACCAAUGGGGUGGGUUCACUCUCGGUGGUGCCCCUUAUGGGCGUGAAGCCCCCGUACGAAGCCCUGGAGGACCGUCAAAAUGUGUUCGAAUUGAAACUGAUCUCCCUGGCUCAGGAGCUGACUCGUUACCGAGAGCACUCCUCUCAAGAGAUGGCCACCAAAAACAAAGAGAUUUCGGCCUUGAGGCAAAAACUUCGCGAGGUGGAACACAAUGCGAGCAAGAAAAACACCAUUGUCACGACUGGCAGCACCACAAGUCAGGCCAACGGCCCUGACAAGACUCAGCCGUUGGUGCCAAAUGGUGUCGCUGAUCGACCAGUCCCCCCCGGUCUCAAUGAUGAUCAGGGGAGCCACAAGAAUUGCCGCGAGGACAUGCAUCAAUUGCUGAUCGAGUUCCAGAAAGUGAAAAGUGAUUUGGGUGAGCUUAUGGUGGUCUACGACGACCUUCAGGACCGUUUCCAUGAGAUUGAUCGCAGCUGGCGUUGCAACUUGGUCUUUGUGGGCAUCAAAGUGGACCCGCAUGGCAUGUUUGAGAAUUCUGAGUGCCUUGAGUCCAAGAUCAGAAACAUCAUCCGGAACAAGUUGAACAUCAGUCGGGAGAUCAUCAUUCAACGUUGCCAACGCGUGUUCAAUGGCAGCGAUCAGAAGAACAAUCGACCCAUCGUCGUCAAUUUCCAGAAAUGGUCAGACAAGGAAGAGAUCUUGCGCAAAUCAAAGAUCUUGAAGAAUGCCGGGAUUGUAGUCGAAGAAGAUUUCUCUCGCGCUGCCAAAAAUCGUCGGAAGGAGUUGGAGAAGUUGAUCAAGGAGGUGAAAGCCGUUGAUCCCAAUAAGAAAUGCGUUCUCAGAUAUGACAAACUAAUCAUCGAUGAUCACAUCUACAUCUACAAUGAGAAUGAGAAACGGGUCCAACGGCUGCCAUUCACCUACAGUGGGAAUCCCUCGAUCUUGGACGACGAUCCCAACGAGCUGAUUCUGUCCGGCAUUGGCGGUCGGCAUCGACCCAAAACCUGUCCUGUGAUAUCGCCCUCCAAGACCCGGAGAGCGGUAUCUGUGGAGUCCAUUUUAGACCGGAUCCCGGGGGUGACCAUGUCAAUUGGCGGAGGUUCAUUGGAAGACACCAACCAAUUUCGACGGUCCACGUUGACAAGUGCGAAAAGCUCGCCCUCUGUCCACCAAUUGGGCUUAGGGGAACACGAAGGCAAAAUGGUGCCGAAUUUUGCCUUGGCCACGGGAGUAAUCCAGGAUAACCAGUUCUGUAUCCAGGAGGAGUCGGAGGACAACGGACCGGGGAGAAAGUCCGUUGAUGAUGACGGGGAUCAGUCCAGCGAUUUCAAUCAGGCCGACCUCGAGCUCUCCAAGCAAGUCCGAUCGAUCAGGGACAAGGAGGGCAUUGUGAACGACGAGGACCAACACGACGGGAAUUCAAGCUCCAGUGAUCCAGAGGAAGUAUUUGCCAAGCCAGGCUCACUGGCGAAUCCCUUGACGAACCCAUCAUCGCUGGCCCAGAAGGGAUCCAACACCUUGAUUGGUCAAGCCAAAGACGCUGCCGAAAGCGACUCGGACGACGAAGACGAAUCCGGGACACUGCCGCUCAAUCAUGUUAUCAACUUUGACGAAUGGAACAACACGGGCACCUAUAUCCCACCCACGCUGAGAAACCGCACCAUGUCGAGCAAGAAGAGCAAAAAUGGUUGCACUAAUCACAAUACUUCUAGUUACAAUAAUCCCGCGAGCGAAAACAGCUCUAAGCCCACGCCCAGACUCAAAGCAAAAUUCCGCAAGGGCAACAGUGACUCCAACAAGAUAUCGCGUUCCAGAGGGAAAAGAAAAGGACCCUAAGAGGAGGAGAAGGAGGAGGAAAAUCCAAUCCACCGCCGCACUCAGGGCCAAACACAUGAGGUUGAAUUAUGUGGCAAAAGGUCAGGUGCCAAGCAAACCCGAUUGUUCGGUUCGUAAAUACAUGAAAACACCACCACAACCUCCUUCAUGCGAUACAGAAAUAUAUCGGCCAAUCCCAAAACUGUCAUCAUUAAUUGUGCCAAGAUCAUCGCCAGGAUAU